AUGGCAGCAUUCACUACUGAUAUUUGGAUUUCAGAAGGAGGUCCACAGGAGUUGUACUAUGAGAACGAAGACUACGUGCCACGUGAAAGCAUACAAUAUGAUCCCGAGAAGCUAGCAGAGAUUAUUGAGGAGCUGAAUCGGGAGGCUGAACUCCAAAGGCAACGAGAGCAGCAAGUUUAUAAUCAAUAUGAUGAUCGAGCAAACGCAAUGGAAAUUGAAUUGCUAAAACCGGAAUUGACUGAUAAGCCGAUGUCGGCGCAGAAGAAGGGUCAAAGUGAAUUCGUGGAAUUUAUUGAACCGAAGUCAUCGAAACAACUACAGAAGGUCGAAACACUUGAGAAACGUGUCCCUGCGCAACAAGCUUCAUCGCGAUCAUCUUAUCUCAUACACAGAGGAAACCUUCUGUUUGUUGCAGUAGCGACGGUCUGUGUUGUGGGUGCUGCCGUAGGCGUUGUGGGAGGUGCUUAUUACUACAACGUUGCACGGGCACAACGAGCAGCGGCCGAACGAUCAGAUUUUACGCAUUAUGCACCAACUGGGCCGGGCAAAGAAAAGAAGAAAAAGCGCGGUGAUGAGAGUCUUGCAUACAAGGCCCAGUUGCAUCAUUAUCAGCAAACGAAGCAAAAGAUUAUCUCCGGUGAAGAGCUUGGAGCGGGUAUGCCAGAUAACGAUGAAACGAGUGAGGCAUCUGAUGACGAGGGAAACAACUUCUCGGUCUACGAAUGUCCUGGUCUUGCACCAACCGGUGAUAUUGAAGUGCAAAAUCCAAAUUUUGAUUCACGUCCGUAA